CCUCACUCUCCUUCCCAGUCCUCCUCACCCUCCUUCCUCUGUAUUCUAAGCCCUCCCUACAAGCUGCACAAGCAGAUACACACAGCUCUGACAGCAAAAGGUAAUCAGCACGACAUGGACAAGAUGCCAAAAACAUUUUGGGCCUACCUUUUCCUUGUCUCUUGCUGUCUCAUGGUAACAGUAGCCUCAAAGAAAGGCGGAAAAGGCAAAACUGGUGGCUGGGGUAAUGGUGGGAGCAACCAGAACCCAAGCUACCCAGGAAACACAGGCAGCAAUUGGAAUCCCAACCGUGGCCAGAACCCAGCCUACCCACCAAAUACAGGAGGUGGCUAUAAUCCCCACUAUCCAAACAACCCUGGAUCCAACUGGAAUCAAGGUGGUGGCCAAAAUUAUAACCCUGGAGGAAGCAGCUACAACAAACAAUGGAAGCCUGACAAGAAAAAAACCAACAUGAAGAUGGUUGCUGGUGCAGCAGCAGUGGGAGUAGUUGGUGGUUUCGUCCUAGGAAAUGCCAUGAGCAACAUGAGAUACAACUUUGACAAUGAUAUGGACAGUCGUUACUAUAACUCCUACCGUAACCAGAUGCCCAAUCAAGUCUACAAACCCCAGUACCAGGGCAAUCCAUAUGUGCCUGAAGAUAGGUUUGUCACUGACUGUGUCAAUACUACCAUGGUUGAAUAUGUAGUCAAACCAAAUGAGACAAAGAACACCACUGAGGCGAAUGAAACCGAAAUUAGAGUCAAAACCACCAUCAUUCGGCAGAUGUGCGUCACUGAAUACCGGCGCUCACCUGAAUAUUGGGGUAAUAAUUCUGGGCUGAAGAUAAUGUUUAGCUCAGGUCUCAUCCUUUCCAUUUCCCUCUUUGUGUAUUUUGUGGUGCAAUGAUCUGAAACAUUGAUAAAAGUCGAUAUGUAUACUGUAUAUAAAUUGAAACAAUACAGAUAUCCUGCUCCACUGCCUAAGCCAAUAUUUUCUCUACCAAUUCCUUGUAUAAUCUUAGCUUUGGGAUGACCUGAAAUAUAUGCUGUGUACUAUGUUAGUGUAAACAUUACUUAUCACAGCUGUGUAACGAAAAAAGCAGUGGUUCCAUCAGUCUUGCAUGGAUAAAGAUCUACCUUACAAGGGUGGUAAAAUGUAUAUGUCUUGCAGCAAACCCUUUUUUAUUAUUAUUAUUAUUAUUAUUUUUAUUAUUGUCAUGUACCAACAAAAACUGCCUUCUAUGUUUGCAUGUUCAUGCCCCACCAUCAAGCUUUUGUUUCUAUCACAUGCCUAACUGGAAAGCACCAUCACAGCCUUCCAAAGUAGCCAAUACUUCUUGGUCUUCUCCUUCACUGGACAUUCCUGAGAAAAACUGUAGAAUGUAUCGAUUACCUAAGGCUGCUGUGGAAAAUGUAGCCUUUCUUGUGGUAUGAAUUUCAGUUUCAUGGCAAAAUGAACAUUUAAUACUGACAAGGUCACUGAUGGCCCUAUCCUGAAGAUACACAUAUUAUGAAACUAGAUGGCGGCUGCGCUUUGCGUUCAGGAUGACGAGCAAGAGAGGAGAUGCGGGACCACACACACAGCAAAUGUGAUACAAUGCAACAUCGAAUUGUUCUACUACUGUUUACACUAAUGGUCUUAAGGGGCAAAGUAAGCAACCAAUUCACUUUUCCGAUUGCUCUAUACUGAUAAAAGGUGAAAUCUGGUUGCUUUGUGCUAUAAACACAAUCACUGCUCUUUGCACUACUUUAGUAGAUCACUUACCGGCAGUCCCCGGGUUACAAACAAGAUUCUGUAAGUUUGUUCUUAACCACUUUACCUCCGGAAGAUUUACCCCCAGGCCAUGAUUUGCAAUAUGGCAUUGCGUUACUUUAAUUGACAAUUGCGCAGUCAUGCAACGUUGUAAUUUCUG